AUAAUAUCGUCCCUCGCAAGUGAACGCAUACGAUGCCCCCAAAGCACGGGUCUGCUCAAGGGUCUGCUUCGAGAGGGCAGUCUACAAUUUCCUCCUUCUUUUCCCCGCGAUCCUCUCCGGCCAAGCAGAAGAGCUCGCUAAAGCGUGGUGUAACCACUGUGAUUGAUCUGACGUCGGACGGAGAGGGAGAGGAUCAACGGACUCCCAAAAGACCUCGGGUCAGUCAGACUAGCCCGGCUUCGCCGUACUUCCAACAAGGAUCAUCCAAGGAUACCACUGCGGAUCCGGAGGAGUGGGCCUUCCGUCAAUCACAAACCCAGCACGCUGACACGGAGCCUCGGUCAGCUGCGGACGAGAAGGCGCGUCUGGCACGACGAGAGGCGUUCAAGAGGAAGCUGCUUGGCGAAAACAAUCUAUUUGUGCAGAGACAACGCGCGCUGGACGGACACAAUUUAGAGGAUGGUGAAGCUGGUGGAGCAGAGGAAGAGCACCCGGGGAGGGAGUCGUCUGGAGACGAGUCCGACAAUAAGUUGAAAGAGCUCCUCAGCCAUUUCGAGAUGGACAGCCAGAAGAAGAAGGGUAAUCGCAGCAAAGGCAAACCAAAAGCUCGGCCGAAACCCAAGGAGUUAGGACCCAUGGGGGAGCCUUGGACGGACUUAGAACGUCAGGUCCAUGAACUGAAAGCUAAGCAUAAGGAUACCAUUCUCAUGAUAGAAGUUGGAUAUAAGUACGUUUUCUUCGGGGAGGAUGCUAAGGUCGCUUCCAAAGAAUUGGGCAUUGUGUGCUAUCCCAAAGGGAACUUCUUCCGAGCCUCGAUACCCGUGGACAGACGGGAAGUCCAUCUGAAGAAAUUGUUGGCGCAGGGACACAAAGUAGGCAUCGUUGACCAGACAGAGACUGCUGCACUCAAGCAAGCUAGCGACACCCGGAAUAAGCUCUUUAGUAGAAAUCUAAGCCAUCUAUACACUGCAGCCACUUACGUCGAUGAUUUAGACUCAGUAGAUGAUUUAGAACGCUCUUCUGCUCCGUCCCUUGUCUCUCUGGUCGAAGAACGGAUGGGAGGGAUGGGUACCGACGAAAGGGUAGGCAUUGGCAUGGUUGUCAUAUGCCCAAGUACUGGUGAUGUGAUAUGGGAUAACUUCGAAGAUUCACAUAUGCGUAUUGACUUGGAGACAAGACUUUCGCAUACACGGCCUAUGGAAAUGCUGCUUCCUGCGGGUAGCCUAAGCGAACCGACAGAGAAGAUGCUGAACCACUUCGUCAGUCCAGAAGGCCGGAAGGUCCGAACCGAGCGUACCAAGGACACCAUGCCGUAUUCCGAGGCGUUUAACCUAGUAACUUCUUUCUAUACCGAGAACUCCAACAUUGUCGGAGCUUCAGAUAGUUUCAAGUCAGGUCAGCUGUUGGCUACUGCGAUGGCAUUCCCGAAGCGUGUCAUCAUUGCUCUCGCCCAUGCUAUCAAGUAUCUUUCAGAUUUCCAGCUAGCAAAAGUCCUUAUUCGAACCGAGUUCUUUGAUGAGUUCUCCAAGCGAACGACUAUGCUGUUACAUGGCAAUACCCUGACCAACCUGGAGAUAUAUAGGAACGAAACAAACUACAGUGUCAGAGGAUCCCUGCUGUCGAUCCUGGAUCGCACGCGGACAAAAUUUGGAUCUAGGAUGCUCCGUCGCUGGAUAGGUCAACCACUAGUUGACUUAGGACUCUUACAGGAGCGGUUUGAAGCCGUUGAGGAAAUCAUCGGGAACCAGUCACCGCGCCUUGUCGCCUUAGGCGAGCUACUGAAAGGUCUACCGGAUCUCGCCAAAGGCCUAAGCAGGAUUCAAUAUGGCUAUUGUACGCCCAAGGAGCUGGCGAUUGUGCUUCGAGCUUUUCAGAAGGCUGCACUCGCCUUCCCGUCCGCAGAUGCUACCGAACCCGCUCAGUUUAGGUCGAAACUCCUGCAGGAUAUUCUUACAGCGCUGCCAAGAUUGCGCGAACCCGUCCAGAGUGUGCUAAGCGAAGUAUCCCUGAAGAUUAUGGAGGCGGGUGACAAGGAAGGGAUGUGGCUUGACGCGGAUAAAUAUCCGGACAUUGCGGAAUAUGCCGCUGCCGCUCAGGCUGCGGAAGCAGAGUUGACGGAGGAACUGGAGUCAAUUCGUAAGGUGUUAAAAAAGCCGUCUCUCUCAUGGACUACGGUAGCCAAUGAAGAGUACCUGGUUGAGAUUCGGAAGGAUGAGAAUCGCAACAUUCCAGCCACUUGGCAGCUCAUAUCAAGCACGAAGUAUUGCAGGAGGUACAGAACACCGGAAGUAAAGACGAAAAUGCUACAUCGCCAGCAAUAUAUAGAAGCUCGUCAAGAAGCGGCCAAAAGGGCGUUCAAGUCCUUUCUACAGGAGAUAGCUCAGAAAUAUUAUGGGAUCUUCCGCGAUGUUGUCGCCAAACUAGCUACUGCUGACUGUCUCUUGAGCCUGGCCUUGGUUGGCCUCACGCAUGGUUAUGUGCGACCCGAGUUCACAGAGGAUGACACCCUAGAGAUCGUUGGAGGAAGGCAUCCUGUGAUAGAGCAGUUACGCGACCAGCCUUUCAUCCCUAAUUCUAUCUGUCUUGGUAACCUCGAGGCACGGAGCAAAAUCAUUACAGGACCGAACAUGGGUGGGAAAAGCUCCUGCGUGAAGAUGAUUGCGGUCAUCACUAUUAUGGCGCAAAUCGGUUCAUUCGUCCCUGCCAGUCGCGCUCGGAUGGGCGUAGUUGACGGAAUUUAUACCAGGAUGGGUGCUUCUGACGAGAUCAUGAAAGGUCGGUCAACCUUCAUGGUCGAGAUGACAGAGACGAGUGAAAUCCUCCACUCGGCUACCCCUAAGAGUCUGGUAAUUGCUGAUGAGCUCGGCCGGGGCACUUCCACUUUCGACGGAAUGGCAAUUGCUCAUGCCGUAUUGCAACAUCUUGUCGAGUCUGUCAAAUGCAAAACCCUUUUCAUCACGCAUUAUCCCUUGGUGGCUACUGAAAUCGAGAAGCAAUUCCCUAACUUUGUGCAGAAUUUGCAUAUGGGUUUCACCGAGGAGAGUAGAAUUGACGGCUCAACCGAUAUCACCUUCCUAUAUCAACUCAGUCCCGGUCUGGCUGAGGCGUCCUUCGGCAUAGAAUGCGCUAGACUGGCCAACCUACCGUCCAAGGUUCUUCACGUUGCGCGACAGUCUGCUGAGAAAUUGCGCAGCCAAGUGGAGGAGCGAACACGAAUCAAUCAGUAA